GUUGGGGACGUUGCUCGGAGUUAGUUGAGCUGCAGUUCAACAACAUAGCCUACUGUCCGUGUUUCUGCAGUGGUUGCCAUGACAGCAUAGUUGUCAAACUCCCCACAUAGCCCUCGAUUACUGACAACAAAUCUCAACACACGAGUCGCUUCAUCUCCACGCGCCCGUUCGAGACUCUGAACUCUAUCGCCGGUGUACAGAGGAAUGCCGCCCCGUCGCGAGGAUUUGGAAAGGAACGUCCCCAUGUGUCGCUGCCUCCGGUGAGAUGCGCGAGCGGGGAAGUUUGAGUUCCCCUAGCCGGCGUAGUGUUGCGAGGGAAUUCCAGACUGGUAGACAACAAGCCUGUUAGUACUCAUUCAUGCCAUGUCGUAGGAAUGAGCCAUGGCACUGCUGUACGACAGUUUUGAAAGGCUCGUAAAAUUUCUUCGCUUUAUGAAAACACUACAUGUGAAAUGGGGACGUUUGUAACUGCUGUUGUUGCGUAUGGCGUGGAUGAGGACUCCGCCGAGGAAGAAGGAGAGGAGUAUUAUGAAACUGAGCACCUGCCUCCGCUAUUAGAAGAUGAGGAGAACGUGUCCCUGGCUGACAUCCUGUCUCUGCGUGACAGCUGUCUGUGCGAGGAGGAGGUGUUAGCGGUGUGCGUGGAGUGCGUGUGCUCGCUGCAGGGCAUCGCCCUCUCGCCGCUCUUCCACACCCUCUGCAUCACGCCCGACACGCUGGCCUUCAACGCCCACGGCAACGUGUCUUUUAUGGAGCAGCUGAGCGAUGAUCCAGAGGGUUCGUUUGUACCACCAGAGUAUGAUAGAACAGGGAGCACAUUUGAGGGUCAUAUCUACUCGUUGGGCUGCACGCUCUGCGCUGCGCUGGAGUUCGUCAUCGAGCCAGAGCUGAGGGCAGAGCUGGGGGCGGAGACUAAGCGGCUGCUGGAGCAGAUGCAGCAGGAGAACCCAGAAGAUAGGCCACGCCCACAGGACAUCCUGUCUUUGGGGGAGCUCAGACUAACAUCCAGCUCAUCCCUAACCAUCUGCCGCAAGCUGUCGUCCAUCGGAAGGAGAGUCCUGUCCAUAGAAUCAAUUGCAACGCUCCAAGACCGAUGGGAGACUUCGUGGGAGAGCCACUGGAGGCAGGUGAAGGCCUGUCAGUUGUUCUCAGAUCAGUCCUCAAUGGACGGCUGCAGUGGCAACCAUAUCAGCGAAUGGGUAGCUUCUGCUGGCAACGAGCGCCCGAACAGUAACCUCCUCGCGGGUCAUGAUGAUGAUGAUGAUGAUGAUAUGCCCCUGCCUCAAUGCCGCUGCCCUAGGCCCUCUCCUGCCUCCUGGAGGCCAGGGGAGAAAGAGAAGGACACUUGUGAAAAUGGCCUCUCAGGUAGGGAAUCCAGUGGGCUGUUGGAGGACAUAGAGCCCUUCCAAGGUGCAGCAGCACCACCAGCUGCAGCAGGAGACAGCAGGUCCCAGAACAGCUCCCCGGUGCACUGCCGAGCCCCAGCCAGACGCAAGCAGCCCUGGGCCCUCCUCAACCGCUCCUGGUCAGUGCCGGACUCCCACGACCCGCCUCCCGUGCUCUCACCACCCCCGUACCCCGACAUCAGCUCCCAUGUGGACGACCUGACGGAGAUUGGCGGGGACGGGGAGGAGGAGGAGGACGACGACCGGGGUUCGAGGCUCGCCUGGAACAGGGUGCUCCGGAAGGGCUCUGCGUCUGCACCGCCACCCACCGAGGAGACUUUGGCAGCGGCCGGAUCAUCCGAUUGGUCUGAGCAGGAGGAGGUCAUGAGUGGAGUGGCAGCGGCCGGAUCAUCCGAUUGGUCUGAGCAGGAGGAGGUGGUAGAGGAUGAUGAUCAGACGUCUCCUCCUUCCUCGUCCAGCGCAGAGACUGUGAGGAACAACCCCAUGUACAGCCCCAACAACCACAUGACCAAGAGCAUGCUGUGCCUCAAUGAGGAGUCUCAGGAUGAGUGGAUCUCCCUGAGGGAGCUGCUGUCUCGCUGCUCUCAGCCGCUCUCGGUGAAGGAGUUGUGGGCUCUCUGCUACACCUGCCUGGCCACCCUCCAGACCUACAUCGACUUCCCAGCUUACCUGUGCCUGGAUACCAUGUAUGUAGGAUGUGAGGGGGAAAUUCUAUUUCUGAAACCCAAAAACACAGGCUCCUGCGAUGCCUUUUAUUUGGCCCCAGAGUAUUUGGAGCAUGGCAUCGUGACAGAGAAGGCCUGUGUGUACGGGGUGGCAGCCAUCCUGUGGGCCACAGCAAAGUUCAACCUGUCACCCCACCAGAAGCUGGCCAUGCCCAGGAAGCUGAAGAGACUGCUGCUGGAGAUGGCAAAGAGGACGCCCAUCGAGAGGCCCUCCAUCGUCAUGGCAAAGAAGAGCUGUCGUGACUACCUGUCCCGCCAGGGAACCACUGCGGAGGCUGAGUGGACCCUACUCAUCAACAGAGUCCACAAAUCACCCAGUGUCACGUCUGGAGAGACCUGCGGCGAUGUGGACGACACAGGCUCAGAGGCAGACCUCAAGGCGGCCUUCAAGCCCAUAGCCAGUGAGGGGCGUCUGGCUCCCAUCUUGGGCCCCGUUCCCCAUAGCUACCCCAUGUCCAUGGCAACGCAUCUGCCCGAGGCCUUCACCUCUCCUGCCACGCACUUCACCCCCAUUGUUUUGGCCACCGACCAGGAACUGACCACCACGGCUCACACAGGCACAGAAACGUCUACAAAUGAUGUUCAGAUGACGAGUAACGGUCCGCACUCAAUGCGAGCUGCCAUGACUGAGACCCCCUCUCACGCCUCUGGCUCCCCCCUUGCUGACACAACCACACACCAGGAAGAGGCUGGUGGGGGUGUGGCCACCAAACUAGUGGCAGGGGCCGUAAUGGAUGAACUUUCUUCCUCCUCCUCUUCCUCUUCCUCGUCCUCGUCUUCCUCCUCAAGUAGCCAGACUCUUGUCAACUCAACACCUCCCUCCAUUCCCCAUCCAGCCGGCUCCUCAGCUCAACCCAAUCAGGAUAGCCACACCUCCCAUGUGGCACCGCCCACUGCCACUGUGACUCCACCCACUGUCCCUGUGGCUCCACCCACCAGCUUCCUUCCGGUCUUCAACAACUUCCUCCUGCAUCAGGACCCUCAGACAGGGAAGAUCACUCUGUUGCCUGUGCAAAUAGCCACUAGUCUGCAAUCUCUAGCAGGAUCAUCUGGACAAGGUCUUCUGUCCUCUUUGCCCUUAACCAUAGGGGCGGUUAUGGGACAAGCAUCUGAUCAGCAACACAGUCUCCUGGACGCCAAUAGUGGAAGUUCCUUGCUGAAUAUGCACCUCACAGGAUGUAGCAACACCACUGGAUCUUGUUCUAAGGCUAACUGCUCUUCUGACCGCUGUGUCAGUGUGCGCAAUAUCAAUACUGUGCCCUGUGUCACCAGUGCUCCCAGUGUCCUGACAGGACAGAUGGGAAGGCCACUGGUGACGCCCACACCUGAUCAGCAUGUGCCAAAGCCACCCCACCCCACUCCCCAGCUAGCCCAUCCAGCCUUGCAGCGGGUCACCGCUCUGCUUAAGGAGCAGUUUGCAUAUGAUGGAUACCUGGAGAAUGGAGUGCAAGAGGUAGAAAUGGGCGAGUAUAUCUUCUCGCUGAGGGACCUGCAGUUCGAGACCUUCUGCCGUGUGGUCACUGAGAGGUUCCACCACCUCUACUGGGAGAGGAAGCUGCUGGCCAUGCUGUACUGCGCCGUCAAUUAUGACCUUCUGCACAAAGUAUCUAAUGAACAGGAGCCUUCAAAGCCCACAAAAAGGGCAUCAGUGGCAUCGCCCCAGAGAGGAGGGCAGGGAGACCCCACGCCCCAGCCAGCGGUGGAGCUGGAUCUGGAGCGUUCCCGGACCCGCCCCGAUAAUAACCCCCACCAGCGGCCCACCAUCCGCCACCUGCCCCUGGCUCACUCCCUUAGCACCGGCACACUGCAAACCAACCCGCAAUUGAAAAAGGAGAGUCCGUUCAAAACAACGGAACCCAACACGGCAGAACACAGCAGGCAGCAUAGCAAGCACUAUGGUGAUAGAACAUUGGCUGCACAUCUGCAGGGACAACAACAGGAAGUGACAUCAGAGGAGAGUGAGGGGUAUGGUAGCACAGUGGAGGUGAGAGGCGCAGCAGGCUCUCCCUGGGGGCUGAUGGAGGGUGCGCGGGCUCUUGCUGUGGACGCCCCUGAUGAAAGCCCCUCUUCUGAGGCCGAGCCCAUGUGCCUGGCCCAAGGGUGGGUGGGGGUGGGGCAGGUCCCCGACAACGGCAGGGACCCCGAUGGAGGUAGCGCGGAGGCGAUUGGUCACCACGCCCAGCUCGGAUGCUGUGACUCGGACUCGGCUGGUCAGCUGCACCACGAGUGCUCUGUGGACAUGGACGAUGCAGACUCGCUGGGCUCCAGCAGCAUCGGGGCCCCUGGGCCUGCAGGCGGUACCAGGGGCCACCAGGGGACCGUCGGCCAUGGGGCAGGCUGGGCUCUGGCCCUCCACGGGGACGGCUGUUUCACCCAGGAGGUGGUGCAAUACGUGGAGAAGCUGGGGCGGCACAGCAACGGAUCCGGAGCUGCAAACCUGGAGGAGAAAGCACAGGAGCUUCACCAGCAGUUGAUCAUAGAGACCAGGAACAUGAGGAAGACGAGGAACUUCCACCACAAGUUACUCAAACAAGACAGGAAAAGCAAAGGAUCAGAAACAAAGGUGAUGCUGUCGAAACUAAAGAUUCAGUUUGAGGAGCAGAAGUCCAAAGUGGAGUUUCUGGAUACUGUGAGAAAAUACCUGGAGGUGCUGAGCCUGGAUCUACACGGGGUGGACUUUUCUCUGCUGUCUCCUCUGGCUCUGGCUGUGUCUGGUGGUCCAGAGUCCCAGGCCCAGGAUGACCCAGCUCUGCUGACUCUGCUGCCCGAGGCCAGGAGAGGGAAAGCAGGCUUGACAGGCGGCGGGACCUGCCCCCUGGUGUCAGGGACCCCGCUGGGCCUUAUGGCCUACCUGUAUGCCAGAGAUGCUCACAUGGAGGGCUACGUCCAGCAGUUUCUCUACACCUACCGCUACUUCUGCAAGCCCGAAGACUUGCUGCAGUUCCUAAUGGCCACCUUCAGGAGAGUGGCAACGGAAAACCACGAUGACCCGUCCUCUGACUCAGCUAAGGUGUAUAACCGCACUCUGGACCUGCUGUACAGCUGGGUGGAGGACUGCAGGCUGGUGGACUUCUGCAGCCGGCCCCAGAUGCAGCACACCCUCUCCAGCUUCCUCAGCGACGAGGUGGCGCCACUGGACAGCAGAGCAGAGAGCCUACUGGCAGUUCUACAGGGCGAGCCUGGAAGGAGAUGGAACCAGGGGGAGUCUGCGCCCGGCCUUAGCCCAGAUUUUGCUCUCGAGGACGGGGACGCUCUUCACGCCCUCGCCAGGAGCUCGUCUGUGGACGACGGAAGCAAAAAGGGCUUUCAGUGGCGCCUGUCUCGCAUGGUGGAACCGCAGCCCAAGGAGCCGGUGUACUCCAUUGCGGCAGCCCUGCCCCGGCCCUGCUACUCGUCCCUGGUGAAGCACAUGUCCCCCUCUCCCCCCUGCUCCCUGGGGGCCCUGGCUGCCUCACCGUGCCCUCUCCGGCCGGAGGAGAGGGUGCCCUUCAACCAGCAGCUGCACAGCGCCCUGCACACCGCUCAGCAGCUAACACUGCUGGAACAGGAGAUGUUCCACUGCUGUCACCCAGUUCACUUCCUCAACUCCAGGGCUCUAGGGGUCCGGGACAAGUCUGCUGGACUGACCAAAUGCCUGUCAUCUGAAGGCUUGGCUCCAGAGGGUGUCACUCAUGUGCCAUCCGAGGACUCAGCUCCACCACAAGAGUGUACUCUCCUCCAUCUGCUCCGAUAUGCUGACAGCGUCACCAACUGGGUGUCUGCCGAGAUCGUCAUCUGUGACUCUGUCAAGGCACAGACGGCUCUGCUGGCAAAGUUCCUAGCCGUGGCCAAGUGCUGCUAUGAGUCCAGGAAUUUCGCCACGGCCAUGCAGAUCCUUUCCGGAUUGGAGAAUGUCAUCAUUCGGCAAUUACCCGCAUGGAAGCAUCUCAGUGCGAAAGUGUGUGAGAUUGUGGAGGAGCUGCGAGCCGUUCAGGUGUUCCUGCGUAGCGACAGCCUGUGCCUGGUGGAGGGGGAUCAGCUGCAGGUGAAGCCCACCCUCCCGGCGGCCCAUAUCCUGGCCCUGCACCUGCAGCAGCUGGAGAUAGGAGCCUUCACGCUCACCACCGGAGCCUACAAGUGGCCCAAACUCAGGGCCAUAGCCCGAGUCGUGAGCCAGGUCCAAGCGUUCCAGGAGUCUCCGUUCCCCUACGCCCCCGACGCCGACCUGAUGUCGUACCUGCGAGUGCGCAUCGCUCACCUGGGUACCUGUGACGUGCAGCUGCUCGCCGCCGACAACGAGGCCAACUUCCAGCUGCCGAGCGACCGCCACGCCCGCCGCAUCCAGGACACACUGCGGCGCGUCAAAGCCACCUUCCAGUGACCGUCCGUCCGACCCCGCCUCUCAGGACACCUUCCACCUUCAUGUCAGGGCCAUGGCACCCGGGACACGCGUCAUAUGAUAUCAAUGCCCCCUUCCUGUCACGACUCUGUACAACACGACAUCGAGGACACACAGCAAUGCGAUAAGGCCACUCUCCAGCAACAUCCCCUCCCACCCUCCUUCACCAGAUGGGCAUGACAUGACUCCUCGUGUACAUGGCAUGGCAUUCAGGACAUGCUGAACUUUCCAGCGACCCACUCCUUCAGCAGCGAGGAUACCAUUC